UUUAUAAUUCACAAGUGGAAAUAAAAACGUGGCAUGCAUAUAGAUCGAAUUGUAAACUCAUAGAGUCAAAUCAGGACUCAUCAAUGGCGAAACCUGUUGCCGCCAGUUUCUUGACGCAGGCCAAUGCAUUGUUCAAGAAAAACUUAACUUAUCAGAAACGGAACAUAUGGAGCAACGUAAGGCUGAUCGUGAUCCCCUUGUACCUCUGUGUGGUUCUAGUAUGCAUUCAAGCUGUGUUCGAUUCACUGGUUAACAACUCUGUUGAUAAUCAAUGUGGUUGUCGAUGCGCCGACGACGACAAAAAUGGAGAUGGCAAAUGCGAAAUAAAAAGUUGUGGUUUACAAUAUUCAUCUCAAAACCAAGCCGUCUUUUGUGCUUUCCCUAACCCUCCACCGUUGCUUCCUUUGUUACAUAUUCCUCCUUCUGUUAAUCGUGACUCGUGCCAACGAACCGGAUCUUGUCCAGUAACCAUACUUGUUACUGGAAAUAACCAAUCCCUUGGAACAACUUUAUCUGAGAAUCUGCUUAGUACUUCUUUCACAGUCAACUCCUCUUCUGACCUUUUCUUGCGUAAUCUCGCCUAUAAUGUCUUGAGCACAACAUCAGAGACAGACUAUACCAAUUAUCGUGAUCCAGGGAUUUACUCAGAUCUUCCCAUUUUCAACAUCCAACCCCAGUGCACCCCAGCCACUAUUUUGUCAUUGUCAUUCCGACAACCACCUCUCGAGUUUCAUAAAGAGGUGAGAUGCGUUCAAGGAUUGAAUCUUUGGAGAAACAACUCCUUAGAGGUUAACGAUGAGAUCUUUAAGGGCUUUCGAAAAGAAAACCAUGAAGAGAUCAUCAAUGAGGUUGCUGCAGCAUAUGAUCUCUUGAACACCGAUAGGAACAAAUUCAAUGUGACCAUCUGGUAUUACACGACAUACAAGGGAGAUUUACAAGAUUGGCGUGUAAAGUAUGUCAGAGUUCCUCGCUCAGUCAAUAUGGUUUCGAAUGCUUAUCUUCAGUUUUUGCGAGGCCCAGGGACAAAGAUAUUAUUCGACUUUGUUAAAGAAAUGCCUAAACAAGAAACUAGGCUUCGCAUGGACAUGGCGUCUCUCAUUGGCCCCAUUUUCUUCACUUGGGUUAUUCUUCUUCUGUUCCCUGUGAUUUUGACCUCAUUGGUCUAUGAGAAGCAGCAGCGUCUAAGAAUUAUAAUGAAAAUGCAUGGCCUAGGAGAUGCUCCAUAUUGGAUGAUUUCCUACGCAUAUUUUCUAGCCAUAUCUACUUUAUACAUUGUAUGCUUGAUGAUAUUUGGAUCAGCAAUAGGACUGAAGUUCUUCCGGUUCAAUGACUACACCAUCCAGUUUAUGUUCUAUUUUCUUUAUAUAAAUCUGCAAAUAUCCAUAGCCUUUCUAGUUUCCUCAGCAUUUUCAAAGGCUGUGACAGCAUCAGUUGUUGCUUACAUAUACGUGUUUGGAUCUGGGCUCUUGGGCGCAUUCCUCUUCCAGUUUCUGAUAGAAAGUUUAUCGUUUCCUAGACGUUGGAUUUUUGUCAUGGAAUUGUAUCCCGGCUUCUCAUUAUACCGCGGGUUGUAUGAAUUCUCCCAAUAUGCUUUCCAAAGAAACUUGAAUGGGAGGGAUGGGAUGAAGUGGAAAGAUUUCAGAGGUAGUGCAAUGGAUGAAGUUUUCACCAUCAUUAUCGUUGAGUGGGUUGUCGCACUCGUUGCAACAUACUAUAUAGACCGAGUUUCUUCAUCGUCAAAAGACACUUUUGCAUUCUUGAAAAACCCUUUCAAGUUAUCUCCUACUCCACAAAUGCUUAGCUUUCAAAAAGAGAGAUCUGAUGUUUCCGUAGAAAUGGAGAAACUUGAUGUCAUUCAGGAGAAAGAAACGGUCAAGCAGUUGAUAUUUGAGCGGAGCAAAAAUCAUGGGAUUGUAUGUGACAACUUGAAGAAGGUGUAUCAAGGCAGAGAUGGGAACCCACCUAAAUUGGCAGUUUGUGGCUUAUCUCUCGCUGUGCCGUCAGGAGAAUGUUUCGGCAUGUUAGGGCCGAAUGGCGCCGGAAAGACCUCGUUCAUCAACAUGAUGACUGGACUCGUGAAACCAUCAUCAGGGUCAGCUUUUGUUCAAGGUUUGGACAUAUGCAAGGAUAUGGACAAAGUCUACAUUAGCAUGGGUGUUUGCCCACAGCACGACUUGCUCUGGGAAACACUGACAGGGAAAGAACAUCUUCUCUUUUAUGGAAGACUUAAGAAUCUCAAAGGCCAUGAUCUCAACCAAGCCGUAGAAGAAUCACUAAAGAGUGUGAACCUAUUUCAUGGAGGAGUUGCUGAUAUACCUGCCGGGAAAUAUAGCGGAGGAAUGAAAAGGCGGCUUAGCGUAGCCAUUUCACUUAUCGGGAGUCCUAAGGUUGUUUAUAUGGAUGAGCCAAGCACAGGACUUGAUCCUGCUUCAAGAAUAAACCUAUGGACAGUCAUCAAACGCGCAAAAAAACACGCAGCGAUAAUCCUAACGACUCAUUCAAUGGAAGAAGCAGAGUUUCUCUGUGACCGAUUGGGAAUUUUUGUUGAUGGAAGGUUACAAUGCAUAGGGAACCCAAAAGAGCUGAAGGGCAGGUAUGGUGGAUCCUAUGUGUUAACGAUUACAACAUCACCAGAACAUGAAAAAGAUGUGGAGACAUUGGUUCAAGAAGUUUCCUCAAAUGCAAGAAAGAUAUAUCACAUCGCAGGGACUCAGAAGUUUGAGUUCCCAAAGGAGGAGGUUCGAAUUUCAGAAGUCUUUCAGGCCGUGGAGAAUGCGAAACGCAAUUUCACUGUAUUUGCUUGGGGAUUUGCGGACACAACUCUUGAAGAUGUUUUCAUCAAGGUUGCUAAAACCGGCCUUUAACUAAUGUCUUCUUUUGAAUACUUUUAAGAUUAUUAGUUAUGUCUGUUCCACGUCAAUAUUUUGCUUGUUCAUGUUUGAUAAAUUGAUAAUGCAGAGGUUUGAUUCAUGUACAUUGUUGGCUCUUCGCCUGCAAGUUUGCGAAUUAGUCUGAGGUCUUGUAUUAGUUUGUUUGUGGAUGAUGCAUGUAACCACAAUUUUUUUAUUUAAACGUGGCUAUAUUUAAUUGUGGAUAAACCA